UAAUUUCCGCGCAGUGUAAAAGCAGCACCAGACUGCAUCGCGCUCUAAUCCAUAUCUGUGGCAUCGCGGCAUCGUGUUCGUCGUGUUCGUCGUGCCCAUAGCUGUCAAAUAUAAACGAGAGAAAGUAGUUAUAACAAUAAACAGGCGAGGAGUGGCCAAAGAAAAGUCUUAAACGUUGCGUCGAUCAACGUUCAGAAUGUCGACGAAUUACUACGAUUACUAUGAUGGCAGUCAAAUAUUCUUGUUUAUAGCAAACAAAAUAUGUCUUCCUAUAGAUCUUGUUAAUUUUUUGAUCGCACAAAUAGCUGCACUAUGCCUGGCCAGACUGUUUCGGAAACCAUUGAAAUUUGCUUCGCCAGAAUUUCGUCAUUCCGUGUGCCUUGUUAUAGGUUUGAUAAUGGGAUAUUUCUGCUUUGGAAAACAAGCAAUUCACUUAUCAGUGUUACCGAUGAUGAGUUACAUAUUGCUAAAAACAAUACCACAACAUCUUAUGGGAAACGUUAUAUUGGCUGCCUCGAUGUUAUAUUUGUCAUGUCUACAUUUGCAUCGACAAAUAUAUCAUACAGCGGACUAUACUUUGGAUAUAACAGGUCCACUAAUGGUAAUAACUCAGAGAGUGACAUCUUUGGCCUACACGUUACAAGAUAGUGUAGCUCAUAAUGAAAUAAAUUCUAAUUCUACGAGCAAAUCUAAUGACAUCAGAGUGAUGAAAAUUCCAUCACCUCUUGAAUACUUCGCGUUUACGCUGGCAUUCCAGACGCUCAUGUGCGGCCCCGUUGUUUUCUAUACUGAUUACAUCAAGUUUAUUGAAGGCCCCCGAGUCAAUGAGACUGAUAAAGACAAACAAGGUGCGGAGCCAUCCCCGCGGCGUGCUGUCUUCUACAAGGUAGUGGGGUCCGUUGCGGCGGCGGUGCUAUAUCUGACACUCGCAAAGAAAUAUUCACUGUCAGUUCUAGAAGAAUUAAAUGACCCCACAUCUGAAGUUUCCCGAUCGUGGUCAGCGCUGUACCUACUGUGGUACGCGCACCUUUGCGUCCUAGUUGUGCGCUGCAAGUAUUACCACGCGUGGUUGCUCUCUGAAGCCAUUUGCAACAAUUCCGGAAUGGGUUUCAACGGCUACGACAAUGAUGGCGAACCCAAGUGGGACAAAAUGAGCAACAUAGAUGUGUUUGGAUUCGAGUUUGCGCAAAACUUCCGCAUGGGACUGGCCAGCUGGAACAAAAACACGAACGCGUGGCUUCGGAACGUGGCGUACGAGCGCGGCGGCGCGGCGUGGCGCACCGCGCGCGUCUACGCGCUGUCGGCCGUGUGGCACGGCUUCUACCCCGGCUACUACCUCACCUUCUUCGCGGGAGGCAUCUUCACAGUAGCGGCUAGAAAGAUGCGCGCUAUUGUUCGUCCGCUAUUUUUAGGCAGCAGACCCACAAAAAUAUUUUACGAUUUUCUCACUUUAAUAACGACUCGUGUAGCUAUGACUUAUGCAACUGUACCCUUCGUAUUGUUGCAGCUAGGCCCCAGUCUCGCUUUUUACGGAAAACUUUAUUAUUCUCUGCACUUCAUCGCAGUAGGAGCUUUAUUGUUACCUGGAAAGAGUAAACGUUCUUCCUCCGUACAAAGUCAUGAACAUCCUAAUAUAUCUUUGAAAACUGCUUCUGACUGCAUGCCAAAGGAAAAUGGCGAAACCAGCAAUAAACUAAAAAUAUCUUAGAAAUAAUGUAUUUUUUGUGGAAAGAAAGGGAUUAAUUUGAUGUUUGGUGAUAGUUGAGUAACGGGUUGUCACAUAAUUAUAGUGUCAUUUAAUUUUAAGGCAUUAGAUGAGGCUUCUAUUAGCUGAUGGGCGAUUAUUGUUUUAUUGCAUUUACAUUUGAUUGGAUAAAAAAAUAAUUAAACCUUUAAUAAAAAAUAUUAUGAUAAAACCUAUCGAAUAAUAAGUUUAAAAUGCUUGUAACCUGAAUUCUAAAGUAUUCUUAUAUUUGAUUAAUGUGAUUUAAAUGUUUGCUUGUAUGAUGCCUAUCGCUCAUGGGAAAACAGCAGCUCAUCGGUGAGUUGCUAUUUUUUUAUCAUAGUUUUAAAAUUUCAUUAUCAUGGCAUGAGUCUACUACCUACUACUUACACAGUUUAUGUUUAUUUAUAACUAGAAUUACUUAAACCAUAUUUUCUUAAUAUUAUGCUGUAGGAUGGUAACAUGUCCACAUCGGGCGCACCAAUAGAAACCCAUUAAGGCUUUUAAAAUGUACCUACCUAUUAAUUCCAAUCACUAUGGUAAUAUUUGCGAUCAUUUUUUUUCUGAACUACAUAAUAUUACACAGUAAUUUUCAAAGUUCCCAUUACUAUCACGAUUACGAAAAAUAAGAAAUUGUUACAUAUUUGUAAAAAGAAAAAUUAAUGGCUUCUAUUUAUGUUUUUGUGUCCACUUGUGUUUCUGAUGAAUACCUAUUAUUUUUUUGCAUCAAUUACCUACUUUACUUGUUUUUUUGAUGUGUGUUAGAAAGUAACUUUAAUUGUUAGUGCACUACAAAGUUUCAAGUGAAUGGUUAGUUAUAAAUAAAUGAGAUAUGAUAACGUC